CCCGCCACUCCCUUCCCUCCCAAAUUCGAAACAAUCCAGAAGCUCUCCUCGACAGGACUGACCGACGAUGGACUGGCCGUACUCCGGCGGCGGCGGAGGCGAGGAUGGCGCGUACAUGACGGUGUCGUCGGCGCCGCCGAAGCGGCGCGCGGGGCGGACCAAGUUCAAGGAGACGCGGCACCCGGUGUACAAGGGCGUGCGCAGCCGGAACCCCGGGCGCUGGGUCUGCGAGCUGCGGGAGCCGCACGGCAGGCACCGCAUCUGGCUCGGCACCUUCGAGACCGCCGAGAUGGCGGCGCGCGCGCACGACGUCGCCGCGCUGGCGCUGCGCGGCAGGGCCGCCUGCCUCAACUUCGCCGACUCGCCGCGCAGGCUCCGCGUCCCGCCGCAGGGCGCCGGCCACGACGAGAUACGCCGCGCCGCCGUGGAGGCCGCCGAGCUCUUCCGCCCGCAGCGCAAUGCGGGCUCUCCCGAGGCGGCGGCGGCGGCGGCGAUCGCGGCGCCCGACGCCCAGGCGACCGGGGGCCUCGGCGGCGACUUCGCUUACUACCCGCCGGACGACGGCCUGGACUUCGAAAUGCAGGGGUACCUGGACAUGGCGCAGGGGAUGCUGAUCGACCCGCCGCCGGCGAACGCGGGGCAGUCGGCGUGGAUCGACGACGAGUACGACUGCGAGGUCAGCCUGUGGAGCUACUGACGAUCGCGGGCGUUCGGACCGAGCCGGCAUUAAUGGCGAGAACGACCCCGUGUACAGUACAAACUUAUGGUGUGCUAGUGUGUACCGUUUCCCUGCUAUUCUGACGAAAUGUGAUGCGAUCAGGAGGAGCAGAGGAGUGUGCUUAGGUUUUCAGAGGCUGCUUCUGCACAUGUGGCGGUGGCGUUAACAAGGCCAAGGUAGCCUUGGCGCCAGAUAUCUAUUAUGGCCCUUGGUGAAGGCGCCCUUUAUUUUAAGCAACAUCACCUGGUGUAAUAAACAGCAGAGUCUGCUGGGUGUUUGAUCCUGAAGGUACGAGCCGCAGGGAUCUAAGGAAAGUCGCCGUGUGACUGGCCGAAGAAUUUCAGUGCAAUUUAUUACCUGAUGAAACUCGUCCCUGUAUGUUGCCAACAUUUUGAAAUGGUGCAGUGCAGGCUACGAUUAGCAGCAAAGGAUUUUGCUGCGAGCCCGCGACACCAGUAAUUGUGGUUUGCCCCUCCUCGA